AUGCAGGAUAUUUCCUGUGGAGACUCCAUCUUGACUGUGCAGCACAGUCCUGGGCGGCUCCGACAAGCAGGGAACAAUCACAAGUUGAUGUUUCACUGUGAUCAGCAAGAUCCUGAAGUAUUAUUGAGAAGGAGAAUUCCCAAGUCUUCUGAGCAAGCCAGUCCUAGCCUUAAUCAGUUACCCCGCCAGGAGCAAGGGGAAAACACAGCAAUGUGGCAUUCCCGGGUCAGCUCUGCAGUAAGAUACACCCCCUAUUCCAACUCCAUUUUCAAGCGGAGAGACAGAUAUCAUAAAGGAGAGCAAGGUAAUAUGGAGAGAGUGCGAAAAGGUCCAGACACAGGAAUGCAGGGGAACAGACAGGAUGGAAGCGCUGGUCGUUUCGCCGUGACUACAGUGACCAAGAUAAAAGGAGUUGAGGGCUGCCAGGGAGCUCAUGACCUUCCUCAGGAGGUCCACUCAGAUUCAGAAGGAGUGAUGCACCGUGCUACUGAAAUGGGACUGAAUGGUAGAAAGGACACGGCUUCCUCCCUUCAGUUCCUUGAGGAGAACAUGCCCAAACUUUUGGCCUUCACCUCGAGCAACUCUAGACGCUACCAGCUGGUUGGCCUGGCCAACAUGGAGCAGAAGCAUGUCACCGUGCAGAGCAGGAACCGCUUAGCAAAUCAGAUGAAGGCUGAAGGGGAGAUGGACACAGUGAAGGGACUGGAGCCUGGGGAGAUGAGUGUGGGCAGAAAGCCCCUGUGCACCACCUCUCCGGAUAAGCCCACCGACAUAAGUGACCUCCUGGACCUGUUCCCCAAGGUAUUAAGCCUGGAUGAUCCAGUGCUGCCCCCACCUCUUUUCUCUGACAUUGGGAAUGACAAGAAGUCACCAUUCUGCAAGGGGAGUGUCUUUGGAUCAGAGACCCUGAAGGAUCUAGUCUGGAAAUUCCUGACACAGUAUUACAGUAUCUAUGAUGAUGGGGACCGACAGGGACUCCUGAGUGCUUACCAUGACAAUGCCUGCUUCUCACUGACUACUCUCUUCCACACUGAGGAUCCAUCCCGAAUCAGCUGCGGCAAGUCCUCCAAGGACAGCAGGGCUGUGAAAGAGUUCAAGGACAUCGGCCUGUGUGUUCUGUUGGUGAAACGCACAAAAAGUGAGAUUGUUGACUUCCUUAGUAUGUUGCCCAAGACCCAGCAUGACCUCAGCUCCUUCGUGGUGGACGUGGGUGCCCAGAUGAGAACCACGCUCUGUUUUUCUGUCCGUGGGAAGUUCAAGGAGAGAAAUAUGAUAAAGGGAGUGCUCAAUUUGAUCCAGAAGAAAUGCAAGCCUAACUACAAGAGGACAAGGAGAGUGGACACAGAGCAGCUUUUGUGCUUCUACCCAAGCAACACGAAACCCUACCAGCUGGUUGGCCUGUCCAGCAUAGUGCAGAAGAAUCCCAGCAUCAAGAACAGGAACCUCUUAGAAAAGAAGUUCUCCGUUUCCCCUUUUCUCCUCAUCUUCUCCCCGAAUCCUGACCUUGCCUCCUCCAUCUACCUGCCCAGUCAUCCUGGGCCAUGCCUACAAGAUCUCCUGACGCUGUCCAGGGCCAGCCUGGCUGAGGCCUUAGAUACUGGGUAUUACUGGAUCUAUGACAAUGGUCACUGGCAGAACCCCCUUGAUGCCUACCAUGAUGAGGCCUGCUGCACACUGACCAUAGAUUUCAACCUCAAGGAACCAGUUCUGAGCAUGUCACAAACCUAG